AUGGUGACCUUUACUGUUGUUUCUGAGUAGCAACUUUGUUUAAUAAACUUUUGAAUAAAUGUGACUUUCAAAUGUACAUUUGCUGUUAAAAAAAGGCGAAAAUUGUUUCAAAAUUGAAAAACAGAGUGUGUAUCUCCUUUAAUUUUGUCGGUAACGACUUCUGGAUAUAACGACGAAAUUACAGUGGUCCCUUCGUUGUCGUUAUAUCCGAAAUCCACUGUAUUCCUAUUUUUUUCACAUUGUAUGACAACUCGUAGGAAAUGCAGUUUCCGCUGAAAUUAAAAACAGACCUUGACAUUUUAUUACCUACUACGAAUUGAUUUUAAAAAAUGUAACAUGGUUGGUAUUCUACGCAAAAGAUACUUAAUGUUUUAAUUUUUUAUAGUACCUAAAUUCGAAAUAAUAAUAAUUGUUUAUGGUGGGUUUGAUGAACAGAUUAUCUUAUUUCGAAAGAACUUCCUAAUGAUGGAGGGGGCAUUUAACAUUAUACAUACCAGUAAUUAUUAGACCGAACUAGUUGUUACAAACAUGUACCAGUGAACAAAAAGUUUAUAAUUUUUUAAUAAUAAUAUAAUUUUUGACAGAACUGUAAGUACUUAACAUUGUUAUUUAAAUUGUAUUAUUACCAUGUGAAUUUUUAGAUGUUGUAAAUUUAUAUUGACUAAUUAAUAGACAACGCAUUUAAGCUAAUGUACCUAGAGAUUUGAAAUUUGGACGAAGUAUAUCUCUAAUAGUUACUGUAAAGAAAUAUUAGUAUACGAUGAAGAAUAAGAAAAGAAAUGCUCGAUGGAGUCUGAUGAUGAUUACUGUUUUCUUAAUAGGAUCGGUAAAUGCUGCUGUUCUCCAUUAUGAUGGAUUGCAGCAACCGUAUAAUGACGUGGACAAAAUGGCAAUUUUGUCCUCUGAAAUGAAUACCUUUACAAAUUUAAGAAAACAAAAUCCCUGCCGAUACCAACAAAGUAGUAAUUUUGAUGGUGGAACUAAUAACCAAAUCGUUUCAGCGACAGGAAAUGAUGGAAAAGGUUACGGCAAAUAUUUAGCUGGUGGAGCAGCCGGUGGAGCUGCUGUAGGAGCUGCAGUUGGAAGUGUUGUUCCUGUUUUGGGAACAGCACUAGGAGCCUUAGGUGGUGCUAUCUUAGGAUCGGGUGUGGCGUAUUAUUGGAGCUAAAAGCUUUUUGUAAUAUUUACUUAGAUUUUUCAAUGUACUUUUCUUUACGACAUACCACAUUUUUGUAAUUAAAUAACAUAACACUUU